GAUUUAAUAGAAUGGCACCUAAUGUUCCUAUUGAUUAGAAUCCAAUCUAAAAUUUGUUUACUUUUGUUGUAUUAUUUUACUUUAAUAUAAAAUUAAGGGCAAAAAUAUGUUGCGAACUGCAUUUAUGCAAUUCAUUUCAACUAAUCUCAUGACGAAUUAAGAAAAAGAAGUGUUAUAUGAAAGGAAUUCAAAAAAAUAAUAAGUUAUGUUAGUAAAGAUGAAUUAAUUUAAGGUUUCAAAUAAAAUUGCUAUAGUCUACAUUAAAUAAUAUUAGAAAAUCAAAUCAAAACAAAAAUGGUGGAUGAUAUCUUUGAAGAAGUAGAUACUAAUAAAUCUGGUUAUAUAAAUUUUACAAAAUUUAUCACAUCAACUUUUAAUAAAAAAACAAUAAUGA